CCUACUUCCUGAUCUCGUGCCCAAAGCAGUAGAACUGUAGAACUAUUAAUCGUAGUUUGUAAAUUGUAACGUGCAAUGACGUCAGAAUCACCGACAAAGAUGAUUUGAAAGUUGUAGGUGAAGAAUCUCUCCUGAAAGCAGCAAAUGUUUGUGCUACGGUCUCUUCUCGUAAUGGGCCGUAUCACAUGGAGGGUGCACCAUUGUCCGUCUCGCGUGCGGACAUGGAUGAAAAGGCACAGAGAAUGGUGGUCACUUCUGUACAGGAGUCUGUGUUACAAUGACCAUAAUUCUUGUAACUCAGCGACGGACACUAUGAUGGAGCCAAUGUUUUGGUGUGUGGAUCAUUUUGCAAAGUAUAUGGGUCCGAUUAUGGUAACAAUGGUUGUGUUCCUUACAACAAUGGUGGUGGCCAUCUUCUAUGUCUGUCUCCUGCCACAUAUUUACUACGAGUCAAUGGCAGCUACUGUGUUUCACCUCGUGUUCGGGCACUGGCUGCUUCUUAUGAUUGUCUUCAACUACAUCAUGGCAUGUUUCACCAGCCCAGGACACCCUCCUGAUAACCUGCCGGAAGUUGUCUCCAUCUGCAAGAAGUGCAUCUCCCCCAAGCCUCCUCGCACGCACCAUUGUAGUGUCUGCCGCCAGUGUGUGCUGAAGAUGGAUCAUCACUGUCCGUGGCUGAACAACUGCGUCGGUUUCUACAACCACCGCUACUUCUUCAUGUUCUGUGUAUACAUGUGGACAGGUACCAUGUAUGUCAGCAGCGUUGGCUACACCCUCUUCAAACAGCACUUCUACGGCACAAAGGACAUUGUUUUCCCUGGAUUAGUUAAUCCUCUAAAUCUCGCCUGGGAUGUUUGGAGUUCCAAAAAGGUGACACCAGAAGCUGUGGUACCUGUGACAGGGGUGGACUUGUUGACAAGCAGUGUGGACGAGUUCGAGCCUGAACUGAAGGCACAAUGGAUCCACAAUGCCAUAAUCUUUGAGUUCCUGCUGUGUACAGGGGUGUGCAUCGCUCUGGGGCUCCUCACUGUCUGGCAUGCACUCAUGAUCAGCAAAGCAGAAACCAGCAUCGAGGUGCACAUCAACAAGAAGGAGAGGAAGAGGCUGAAGAAGAAGGGCAUGAUUUUUAAGAAUCCUUAUGACUUUGGAUUUGUACAGAACUGGAAGAUCUUCCUUGGUAUAGAAAAGGGCAGUUCCAGGUCCUUCUGGCGACACAUCCUCUUCCCAUCAUGCCACUCACCAACAGGAAAUGGUCUCACAUGGAGAACUGCAACCUAUCAGCUGAACAAAGAAGAAAAUGGCCUCCGGUUGUUAUGACCAUGACACACUAGACCAGAAUUCUCUUUCAGACUGUUCUUGUGGUUGACAUGACUCACUGUGAUCAUACCCAGAUAUGCUUUUAAAGGACUUUAGGGAUGAUAUGUGAUAAGUGUGCUCAAUGUUUUCUCCACACUGCAGGGCAGGACAUUCACAGAAUUCAUGGGAGAUUAUCGACAUAUUCAUGGGACUUCCAAAGCAUAAUCACUAAACAUUUAUAGGACUUUGAUUUGGGACAUCACAAGACUUGGCCAGGACAUCCAGGACAUCAAC